CUCUUAACCGAAUUACCCAUGCGGCACCGGGCAUGGUCGACCGUCCUCCCCACCUUAUCGGCACGCUUUCCAAAUGGGAACCCAUCGAGAAAGUGUCGUUGAAGCAUUUGAUGAGUUCCGACAAGAAAUAGACGAACAUCAUGACCGGAGAGAACGACUUAUCAAGAUCAGCAGGGAUGCGACAAACCUUUCAAAGAAAGUUAUAUUCCUACUCCACCGAGCAAUGACAGAAGAAUCCAAUAAUGACUCUGAUCCCUCUCUACGAGUAGUCCGUCGCGGUCGUGAAAAGCUUCGGGAAGUGCAAGCGUUAUAUGCACAAAUAAGGCUCGAGGUACAGGCUGAGCGGUUCUGGCACUACCACAGAGCAGUAUCGCCCGGCCUCCAAGAGUAUAUUGAAGCACUGGGCUUUGCUCACUACCUCGAGCAUGGCACUCUGGUGUCAUAUGAGGACGUCCAGCUUUCCCUUUCUGAUGAGAAUGGCGUACCUUAUUUUACUCUUCCGAAGGAAGAUUACUUGCUAGGCUUGUCCGAUGUCACUGGCGAACUCAUGCGAUUUGCAAUAACUGGAAUAGCUCAGAAGGGCGGUCGCACCAGAGCCAGAGAAGUAUGUGCAUUCGUCCGGCAAUGCAAGGCAGAUUUCGAGCGCUUUACUCCUUAUGUGAGGGAGUUGUCCAAGAAACAGGCUGUAACUUCACAAUCUCUGGAAAAGAUCGAGGACGCGGUGUAUGCUAUCGUGGUUCGAGGAUCUGAGUACGACAUCCCACCUGAUAUGUUAGACGACCUCAUUGCGCAGUCAAUCUCGACCUUCAGUUCUACUACCAGUGCGAAAUCGAGACUUGUUCAAAGAGACGUUCGGAGCGGAGAUGAUUACGACGAUGAGAUUUGAUACCCAGGAGAAUUACUUAGUUUGACUGUUCCAAUAUUAAUAUGAGCUUGGGCGGUCCAUAAGUUUAUAUCGGUUUUGGUAUGCCAACCACACUAAGUUCGCCCAUAAAUACGUACUUCACACAAAGUUGAAACUCAAGUGUCAAACACCACUAUUAGUAAUACUGGUAUCGACUCAGGCACCGAUGCUGACCGGGAGCUCCGGGUCAA